AGAGAGGGCAGCGUGGUGGAAGCUUGGGCAGAGUGAGUCAGAGAGAGUGAGAGCCUGGAGAAGGAAAGUCAUGCAGCCUGGGGGAAGCAGACUGACUGAAGAACCACACCACUACUGUAUAAAUCCAUCCAGGCUUCGCUCACAACAACCUUGUGGCUCUAAGGAUAUGCUGCUGGACUACAGUGGAGCCCUGUGAUUAGUGUUAGUGUUUGUCGGACUGGAGGAGAGUGAGCCUAUAGAGGUUUCAGGGAGAGAGAGAAAACAGAUGGCAGCCUGGAUUUAGCUGACCUCUCUCCCUCCUCUCUACAGUACCAGUGUGGAUCGGUGGACUUUCUGUGUUCCCCACGGCUGGGAAAGAAAGCCCCGCCCCCUCCCAGACCAUGUCACAGCCGGCCUGCAGUCAAGCCCCACCCCCAGCCUACCGCCACACCCACCUCUCAGAAACCUCAAGCUGUCCCUCCUAGCUGCAGUCAGAGCAGGAGAUGUUCACCCCUCCCUGUCCAGACUGCAAAUGAAUCGCGCAUGCAGGAAGCCACCACUGGAUGAUCCCGCCCUGGCUUUCAUUCAGUGCCGCCUAAGCCCCUGCACCUGCUGGCCCUCGGACAGGACAAGAAGCCCAAGAGGAUCCCCCCGGCCCCCUCCAGGCCGCUGCCUGCUCCCCCAACUUCGCCCAAGCCGCGGCCAAGCCAGACCCCCCCUGGCCUGGCCACACUGCCUCAAAGAGAAGCCCAGAACGUGGGGCUACUCAUCGAGAGGUUUGAGAAGUCCAGGAUUCCGAUUCUUGGCGUCCCCCCGAAGAAUCAGCUCCACCUGUGCCUGAGUAUGGACGCCAUGUCUGAGACCACACCCCCCUCUGCCCCUGACCCCACAGCACACUCCCCUUCAGGGUCAGCAGGAGCAAAGGAUUCUGGGAAAUGCUCCCCUGCCGAAAAACUUGCACAUAUUGUCUCGGAGCGGAUUGAUGAUGUCACAGAGCUGAUAGAACUCUCACGCCUGGCCUCACUCCGCAUCGACGGCCACGAGGACAUUCCUCUGGACUCAAUGGAGGACCACCUCGACAUCGCCCAUGGCGAUGGAGUUGGUUCCCUUGACGAUGCGGAGCGGGAGGAGAGAGGCUCUUCCCAUGAGCUCCAGGACAAUCCGGACUCUCUCUCCUCGGAGCAGAACUUAAAUGGGAAGAUUCCCAACAGGGACAGCGGGAUUGACAGCCCAUCGUGUGCGGUGGAGGGUGAGGUGUUCCCCAACGAGGACGCCAUCGACGAGGAAGAGCGCUAUGACAGCGUCACGGAGACGGAGACCAGUGUGUCCUGCUGCAUAACCCUGGACAACAAGCGUGACUCCACGCAGGACGAGGACAGUGACCUGGAUGAGGUCAGCAGUGGGGAGAUGGAGGGAGGAGAGAAGACAGACACACACAGGUGCUCAGAGACCCAGAGGUUACUGAACAUCGCCAGAGAGCUCCUUCACACUGAGGAGGCCUACGUCAAGAGACUCAACCUCCUGGACCAGGUAUUUUGCACUAAGCUGACAGAAGCUGGAAUCCCUCAGGAGGUGAUAACAGGGAUCUUCUCCAACAUCUCCUCCAUCUACUGCUUCCACCACAAGUUUCUUCUCCCUGAGCUCAAGACACGCAUCACUGGAGAAUGGGACACAAACCCGCGUAUAGGAGAUAUCCUCCAGAAGCUGGCUCCCUUUAUGAAGAUGUACGGAGAGUACGUGAAGAACUUUGACCGUGCUAUGGACCUGGUCAGCACCUGGAGCCAACGCUCAUCACAUUUCAAGAGUGUGGUCCAGAAUAUACAAAAGCAGGAUGUGUGUGGGAACCUGACUCUCCAGCACCACAUGUUGGAGCCUGUUCAGAGGAUCCCUCGCUAUGAACUCCUGCUCAAGGACUAUCUGAAGAAACUGCCUGACGAUGCACUGGACAGGAAAGACACAGAGAAGGCAUUGGAGCUCAUAUCCACAGCAGCCAACCACUCCAAUGCUGCCAUCAGAAAAAUGGAGAAGAUGAACAAACUGCUGGAGGUCUAUGAGAGACUGGGGGGAGAGGAGGACAUUGUGAACCCAGCCAACGAACUCAUCAAGGAGGGACACAUCAAGAAGAUGUCUGCCAAGAAUGGGACGGCCCAGGACCGAUACCUCUACCUGUUUAAUAACAUGGUGCUGUACUGCGUUCCCAAGCUGAGAUUGAUGGGUCAGAAGUUCAGUGUGAGAGAGAGGAUCGACAUCGCAGGGAUGGAGAUCAGGAAGGAGGUUCAGGAGAAUGUGAAGCAGAAUCUUCCUCUCACGUUCGCCAUCAUCGGCAAGCAGCGCUCACUAGAGCUGCAGGCCAGCACGGCAGAGGAAAAGGAAGACUGGAUACAGGUGAUCCUGGCCACCAUAGAGAGACACAAGCAGAACAGUGAGACCUUUAACAAAGCCUUCAACAGCUCCUUCUCCAGGGAGGAAGACCACACGCCAGACUCACCGGGCCCCUGGAGCACCACAUCCAUAGACUCAGACAGUGAAAGACUGCAUGAAAGGAGAAGUUCCAAGAAGAAGGAGAAGGAGAAGCAGACAUGUAAAGGCUGCAACGAAAGCUUCAACUUCACCAAGCGCAAACACCACUGCAAAGCCUGUGGAGCGGCCAUCUGUGGUAAAUGCUCUAAGAUGUUGGAGAAUAAGACGUGUCGACUGUGUCCUGAAUGCUUUGAGACAAGCCAAGUCCCUGAAGGGCCUGCAGGGGCCCCAGGAGAGAUGAAGAGGAAAGCUACAGCCGAGAAGCAGGUGUCUCCGUCUCUAUUGGGGGACAACUGUCUGCAGUGUGGCCAGCUGCAGGUGCAGGAGAAGGGCAAGAGCUGGACAAAGACCUGGGUGGCCGUCACCAAGACUGAACCUCUAGUGCUGUACCUGCAGACCAGCGGACAGGACUCUCGUGGGGUACGGGCCAUACCCCUCCCGGGGUUUGAGGUGAACAUGGCAGCGCCAUCGGCAACAGAGAAGUCAGAGCUCAAACACGCGUUCCGGCUGAGUAACUCCCAGCAGGCUCUGCUGUUCAGCGCCCAGGAUGCAGAGGUCCAGGACCAGUGGGUGGAGCUUCUCUCUAGAGCCGCCCGCGGGGAAACAACCACAGUCACGCCCGUCAGCCUGGCGGAGCACAGGAAGAGCCAAUAGGGAGGCUCCGUUGAGGCCACAGGACCCGCCCCCUCCUUCCCACCUCUCCUGUGGACAGAACACACAUUACUUGAAUUCACUUUAUCUUGGCACUUUUUAUUUUGUUUUGUUUUCUUUGAAGAGAGGGAAGAAUCGUCUCCUCCACCAGACACACACACACACACAUUCACACACACUCGCUCUUUCCCUGGCUCUCUCGAUCUCUCUCGCUUACACACACACACAUGCAUACACACAUGCACACACACACUUGUGCCACCAGUUCGACACCAUUGUAUGCAUGGUUACGUUGUAUUUCUCUCAGUGUUCUCUGCAGUUCAAGAAGAACAGAAGACUCUUUGAUUUAAUGUGUUUUGUAUUAUAGCCGAAGGCAUUUAUAAGAUGAACCCUGUAUGAUUUUAUAAAACAAUGAAGUUUGUUGUACAUUGUGUGACUGUGUUGUGAAGCAUUAACCCCUGUUGGUCUGUCUGUCUGUCUACCUGUCUGUGUGUUCCUCCUGUGUUUUAUUUCACUAUUAAAUGUUAGCGUAUUGAA